AUGAAUCAGAGCCAUUUAAUAGACUAAAAGAAUAUAGAUAUAGAGAAAGGAAGAUUAUUAUAUCUCUAAAAAUAAAUGAGCAUCAAUAACAAAAAAGAAUAUAAUAUAACAAUAUAUUAAAAAUUUUCAUUUAGUACAUAUUAUUGGAGAUAUAAUCCUUAUCACGUUUUAGAAAUUUCAUAUGUAUAGGAUUCUGAAACAGAAUUUUAAUCGAUAACUUUAGAAUUAAAAAAUUAAGAUUUAGAUGGGAUAUGGCAUUUAACUCUUAUAGAGUAUAAUCCAAAAGAAUCAAAAUUGUUAUUCAAAAGUGCUGGAAUAAUAGAUAAGAUUAAAAGCAUCACUUUAAAAAGUGGUCUCAUAAAUUAUAUAAUAGGUGGAUACGGAAAAGAUGUAUUUAAAAUAUUAAUCAUAGAGUUAUACAAAACAAUCAUAUAAACCAUUUCAAGGAUUAUUAUCAAAGUUGAUUAUUUAUAACAAACAUAAAGAAAUAAAUUUAUACGAUCAGAUCAUUAAUGAUUGUUAAAUUCCUAAAUAAAUUCUAAAAAUGAAGCAAAUAAGUCUAGUUGAUGGUGUAUCUAAAUUUGAUGGAACUUAAUAUAUUUAUAAAGAAGCUUAGCUAAUUGAUUAACAUUAUGUUAUUAGAGGUUGGAUUAAAAUAGAUUUAAGCAAGAUUUUUUUAUCUGGUUAAAUGUAGAUAUUAAGAAUGACAAUAAAUAAAUAAUAUUAAAUGGGAAACGGUAAUAAUGGAGAUAAGACUUUUUUCUUACUUUAUAAUAUAAAUUUAAAUAAUUAAGAUUUUAAUUCAAUACUUGUCUAAACAUAUCAUUAUUACUAUCCUUAUAAAUCAGAAUAUUUAAGUUCAUUUUUAAACUCUGAUAAAUACACCUUUAAAUCUAAUACUUUAUUAUCAUAAAUGUAAUAGUGGCAUUACUUUACAUUCGAAUAAGGUAGAAGUCUUAAUAGCGAAAGAACCCAAUAUAAAUUAUGGUUUAAUUUACAAAGUGAACCUAUUACUCAUAAUUUUUAAUUUGAUUAAGCUAGAAAUUAGUUUUCAAACACAUUAAUUUAUUUUUAUAUAGGAGGAGAUAAAUUUACUCCUUCUCCAUAUUUCUAAGGAUAAAUAGCAUAUUUAGAAUUCUUGACUGGAUUUAUAGAGGACUUUAAUAUUCAAAAUUUCAAAUGUAAUUAUUAAUCAAUUAUAUAAAAUAGAAUGUCAUUAUUCAUGCUAAUAAUGUGAUGGGCCUUAAUCUAAUGAAUGUACUAGUUGUUCUAUAAUUUCAAAAAGAUUGUUCUUAAGUGAAACUAAAGAAUGCAAAUGUUAAAUUAAUUAUCUAGAUAUUACCAAUAAUGAAAUAUGUUCAAAUUAAUUUUUAGCAUUUCCAGAUAUUACAAUUUAAUAAAUAAGCAAUAAUUAAAAUAAUAUGUACUGUAAUUUUGGUUAUUUCUUAAUUGAAAAUAACAAUAAUAGAAUAUGUAAAUAAUGGUAAUUAAUAAAUUAAUUAAUUUAAGUCCAUUUUACAAGUAAAAUCAGUAUUUCUGUCUUGAUUGUUAUAUCAAUCCAAUGACUUGGUAUCUUCAUCCAGUAUGUAAAAUGGAUAUGAUUUCUAAUGAAAUAAUAGAGGAUUAAGUCUAUUAAUAAAUUAGUAGAGAUCUUAUAGAUUAUGAUGUCUUUAUAAUAAAUUAAAUUGAUGAAUUAGAACUUCAAAUAGGUGUUCAAGACUUUUUAAAAAAUUAACAAAAUAAUUAUAAUAUUACUACUAUUCAUUUAGGACACUAAGUUUAUUUAUAAUGUAAAUCUAAUUUUAUUUUGGUAAAUAAUAAAUGUAUAAAAUGCCCUGAUAAUUGUCAAUAAUGUAAUGAUGAAUCAGAUUGUCUUAAAUGUUAUAAUGAAUUUUAUCUAUCAAAUAAUUAAUGUAUAAUUUGUCCUUCUAUUUGUGAUGAAUGUUAUUAAGAUUAAUAUAGUUAAGAUGUAAUUUGUAAAAAAUGUAAAAGGUAUUUUAUUAAUUCUAAUUAUAUAGCCCAUAUCAUUAUAUUGAUAAAACAUGCAAAUAAUGUGGUUAAUUUUGUUAAGAAUGUAUUGAAGAUUAUAAUUCUGAAAAUGAACAAUACUUUCUUAGAUGUUUGAAAUGUUUAGAUGAUAGUUAAUAUUUCAUUUCAAAUGAUGCUUAGAAUUGUGAAAUUAAUUAAAUUGAUAAUUGUAAAUAUGCUCUCAAAUUAAGAAUAAAAUAUAAUGGAAAAACAACAUUUACUACUCUUGAUUAAUAUUUUCAACCAUCUUAUGAUUCUAUAACAAUUAAGUGUGCUAGAUGUGAAGAUGGAUAUUAAUAUGAUUAUGAUUAUAAUAUAUGUGAAAUUGAUAUCGAUUAUGGAAAUCAAUGUCUAUAUAGAGUAUCUUGGUAUAAUACAUAUUGCAUUAUUGGUAAGGAAACAAUAUAUGAAUUAACUUAUGGGUGUUAAAGUGACAUAGCAUUUUGUACAAAUUGUUUAUAUAAUGAAUUUAAAGAAAAAAAAGAAUGUUAUUAAUGUGAAUAAGGAUAUUAUGCAAGUAGAAUUUUUGGAAAUUGUUAAAUCUGUCCUCUAGAACUUUAUUGUAAGACUUGUUAUCAAUAGGAUAAGAUAUCUUAAGAUAACUGGAAAUAAUAAGUAAGAUCAUUUUAUUAUGCUGCUAUUUAAUAUUAUGAUAUGAGUCAUGAUUUCACUGAAUUUGGACAAAGUUCAGAUAUUAAUGAUUUUGAAUUAGUAUGUCUUGAAUGUGUUUAAGGUUUUGAACUAUAUAAUAAAUAAUGUAUACCAUAAUGUCCAACUCUUUGUUUGGAAUGUGUGAAAAAGAAUGGUCAAAAUGUAUGUAUUAAAUGUCCUUUGGAAGUAAAUUAAAGAAUAAUAAGUAUUUAUAAUAAUUAAUGUAUCCAAUGUCCACCUAAUUGUAAAUUAUGUAGAAAAAGAACUUAAGCUGAAAUUUUAUUAAUUAAUCCUUUAUUUUAGAAUGCUAAUUAUUCAGAUUAUAGUAAUUAAUGUUUAGCAUUUGAUUCUGAUUCCAAUUAUUAUUAUAAUUCAUAUUUUGGAUUAGUUUUUUAAUCAAUUGAUACUAAUAUCAAAUAGGAAAAUUAAAUUGUAUUAGAACUCAAUUUGAUUUGUUCUGAUAUUGUUUAUCAUAAUUUAAUUUUAGGUUUAAAUGAUGAAUAGAUAAAUUUAUUCAAUCAAACCCAUAUAUUUAUUGAGGAUCUUUAAUAUUUUACUUAAUUUAAUAAAGAAUCAUUUUACAAGAUGGCAAAUGAUUUAUAAGUAACAUCAUUAUUGAUAAAAAUUAUAAGUAACAUAGAGUAAGAAUGCUUAUUUUAAGGAGACUUCUCUAUAUCUUAGACAUUCAGUAAAAGUAUUUUUACAUUAAUGUAUAAUAUAUAUAAUUAUUAUUUUAGACAAGUUAACCUAUCAAUAAUCAGUAUUAAAAAUACUAAAUUUAUGAUUGAUAAAUCUAUAUAAUUUAAUAAUUUUUCAGAUAUUUUGAUAAGUGAUAUAGAUAUUUAAUUUAAAAGCAAAAAAGACUCACUUAAUUUAUUAAUGUUCUCAUCAAUAUUAAACAAUUUUUAAGUGUAAUUUUACAACAUUAGAUUUUCAUAAUAAAAUAAUAAUUCUGUUUAAUUCAUAUUUUAAAAGGUUUCAUAUAUCUACUUUCAAAAUUUAACAUUCAAUGAAUUCAUUUUAAAAUAACAAAAUUAAACUACUCCACUUAUUUUAAUCAACUUUGACAAAAAUGUUAAGAAUUUUAUUAAAAUUAAUUUAUUACUAUUUCUAAAUUGUCAUAUAUAUGAUACUGAUGUUUUAACUUUAAAUGAUGACAAUUUAAUAUCUGAAUUUAAUAAUAUCCAUUUAACUGGUAUAUUCUCGAAUUGUACAUUUAUUAAAACUAUCACUUCUACUAUAUCUACAAUAACAAUCAGUAACUUCUCUUUUUAAGGAGAACUUUAUAAUAGCAAUGGAUUCUUGUAAUUAUCAGAUUUUUCAGAUAUAUUCUUAUAAUAAUUAUCAAUAACACAUUCAUUAAUUUAAUAGACUAAUUUAAUAAUAUUAAACAAUAAUUCAAGAAUUCAAGAAUUUAAUUGUUCAAAGAAUAUUAUGUUAAAUUAAAGUAAAAUUUUAAUUAAUGUGGAGAAUAUUAAUACAAAAUAUUUCUCAUUAUAAAUAUACUUUAUUGUAUUUGUACAGAAUCAAUAUGAUUAAUUAUGUAAUUUUUUAAAAAUAAGGCAUUUUGAUUAUAUUCAUUCUUAAAUCACUAUUAAUAACAUUUAAAUUAUAGAAAAUACUAUAUAUUUAAAUGAAAUUCUGAAUGAUACUAUUAAAUAUGAAAUAGCUUUGAUUAAUUUAGAUGUUUAAGAUGUUAAUAUAAUAUAAAUAUUCUUAUUAAGAGGAUAUGGUAUAAGUGAAUUAAGAAUUAUUAAUUCUUAGUAUUUAUUAAUCAAGAAUAUGGAAGUCUAGUUAAGUGAUAAGUAUAUUAUAAAAGGAAUCCAUAAAUAUUUAGAUUGUUGGAUUGAUUAUGUGUAAAAAGACUUCUAUACUAUAUUUUUAAUUAUCUAUAAUGCAAUUCAAACUAUAAUAGAAUCUAUGAUAAUGAAUUAUUUAGUUGUUAUAAAUGAACCAUUGAUUUAUUAUGAAUCUAUUUCUACUUCAAUACUUGAAAGAAAUGAAACUAUUAAUAUUUACAAUUCCAAAAUUCAUGAUAAUAUAUAAAUAUCCAUUGGGAAAUAUGUAAAUAGCCCAAUAUUAUAAAUAUAUUCCUAGCAAAAUAUUAAUAUUAAAAUUGAAUAGAUAAAUUUUCUAAGAAAUAUUUUAUAAUCAUAUGAAUAGGAAGAUAGUUAUAUCUCUUCUAGUUUAAUAAAUAUUGACUGUCAAAAAAGCAAUGUUUAUUUACAUAUGGUUAUAUUUGAAUCCAACACACUUAUUAAUAGUGUAAGCUCUUUAUUAUUUAUUAUUUCAGAAAGUGUUAAGUUUGAUUAAGUUAUAUUUAACAAGAGCUGUUAAUUUGAUUAUAAUCUUAUUAAGCCAUAUAUAUAAUGGGGAUAUAAUCUUGAAAGUAAAAUAUAUUUAGAAGAUAUUCAAUUAAGCUUUUAGUAAAAAUGUUUGGUUGGAAAUGCUAUAAUUUAAUCUUCUAAAAUUCUAAUUAAUAAUUCAAUAUUUAAUCAUUCAUUUGGUUAAUUAAGUGGAAGCUUAUAAUUCAAAUUACAGUCUUCAGGUUCAUUAAUCAUCGACUAAUGUACAUUCCAAAAUAUAUAUAUGGCUUCUUCAAAAUAAUAUGAUUCUGUUUAAUAAGGAGGCACAAUAUUUAUUGAAUCAGAAUCAUAUAUAAGUGUAUAAAUAAUAAACUCUAUUUUUUCUGCAAUUAAUUCUUAUGUUUCUGCAGGAAUACUCUAUCUAAACGAUAAUUAAAAUUAACUUAAAUUAAAAUUAGGAAAUUUGACUAUCACCAAUUGUUAUAGUUUUAAAGGAGACAUCUUAUAUAGAUAUAUUUCUAGUUAUAAUUUAACUAAUUAGAAUUUCAGGCUUUAAAAUCUUACAAUAGAAGAUACAUAUUAAGGUUUCUUAGAUUAUUAAAAUUUUGCAAAUUAUUAUUAUUAUGCAUUUAAAUAAUUAAGAAACUAUUUGCUAUCCGAUAGAACCAAAAUUUAUUUAAUUUCUGGUAAUAUUUAUAUGGAUAAUAUUAAAGUUUAGCAAAUUUAUUAUGAAUCCUUUAUUAUUGGUACAAAUUUAUUUAAAUUUUCUUUAUCAAAUUCUAUAAUUUAAGAAGGAAUAUUACCAAUUAAUGGUCUUAUCUCAUUAUAUAAUUAAGGUUAUGAGAAUGAAUGUCUUAUCAGAUAGGUUUUAAUAUAAAAUUUAACAUCCAAUUUAGAUUCAAUAUUAUUUAGUGAGACAUUAUAAAUUGAGACAACUAAGUUUGUUGAAUAAUAAUAAGUUUGUUUAAGUAAAUUUAAUAAUGAUUAUGCUCCAGUAUUUUUACAGUCUUUUUAUAGCCCAGAUUUGUAUUAUAAUAGAACUUUGAGUUUAUUUAAUGAAUUGAAUUUAUAUUACUAAAAAUAGUCUAUUAUGGCAAUAAUUAUGCUUACAAAUAUUACUAAUUUAGUUUAGUAUAAAUUUAUUGAAUUAUAAAUAUAAGAUAUAAAUUGUUAGGCAUGUUCUCUUAGUUUAUUAUAUUUACAUUAAAUUGAGGAACGUGAUAUGGCAAAUAAAAUUGGAUUUUUAAAACUUGAAAAUAAUUUAUGUGGAUCGCUUAGUUGUUUGAUUAUUACAGAUAGAAUAAUAUCGAUAUCAGAUAUAAAUAUAAAUAAAAGACUUUUAUUUAAUGAAAAAGAAAAUGAAAAACUUGUUUAAUAAACUAAAUAUGAUAUAGAGUUAAUUGAUUUUAAUUGUUAAAACAACCAGGCUGUUUAUGGUACCUGUCUAUUUAUUAAAGAUUAAAAUAUUUUAAUAAAGAAUAGUUUGUUAAGAAAUAACUAUGCAAAAAUGGCUGGAGGUGCAAUUUAUUUUUAAGGUUAAAAUAAAUUAUUAACUUUAUUAUCUAGUAAAGUUUCUUAAAAUUAAGCCUUAUUUGGUGGAGGAAUAUUUACAUAAAACUCAAGUUUAUCAAAUUACUCUAAAAUGGGUUCAAUCAUUAAUAAUAAUAAAGGUAUAAAGUAUGGAAAUGAGUAAUCAACAAAUCCUACUCAUAUAUCAAUUACUCUAAAUAAUUAUGGAUCUAUAUUCUUUACUAAUAUAAAAAUGAAUAAUUCUUAUACUUUAAUAGAAGAGGUAUUAGUUUAGAAUAGGUUUCUAUAUAAAAAUAAAUACAUUAAUCUUAUUUAUCUACCUAGUGGAUAAAAAAUAAGUGAAUAUAAAUAAUUUAAUAUAACAAGUAGAAAUUAUUAGUCUAAGAAUCUUACUUUUAGAAUAGUGUUGAUGAAUGAAUUUAGAGAAAUUUAUUAUAAUUUAUCUAAUACUAAAUGUAUUUUGAAGAGUAGAAUUUAUAAUUUGAAUUUAUCUGAAGAAUAGUAAGAAUAAUUCUCUAAUAAUUUUACAAAUAAGAAUGAGAUUCUUUUUAAUUCAGAAACUAAUGAUUAUAAUUUAGAUGAUUUAAUUAUUUUAUUUAAUACUAAUUAAAUAGAUGAGUUAAUUUUAUAAUUAGAAAUUAGAUGUGAAAAGAUAAUCAUCCCUAAUUACAAUUAAAAAUUCCCUUUUUAAAUAUUAAAUUACCAUAAUAAUUAUAGUCUCUAAAUUAAUGUUAAAACAUAUCCAUGUUAAUAUGGAGAAAUAUAUAAUAAUGGAGUUUGUGAAGUUUGUGAUUCUUUUAAUAAUUUUUAUUAAUUAAAAUUAAAUUAAUAAAAAUGUAAUUUAAUAGAUGAAAUAUCUAUUAAAGAAGUGACACCAACUUAAUUAAAUAUCUAUUAAGUAAUUUUUAAUAUUUUAAUUUAGGGGUAUUGGAGACCUUAUUUUGAUACAAAUUAAGUAGAAUAUUGUUAUAAUCUACCUGAGAGUUGUUUAGGUGGUUGGAAGGAAGGUGAUGAUUCUUGCAUAAUUGGACAUAUUGGAGCAUUAUGUGAAUAAUGUGAUAUUUAAGAUUUAAGGGGUGAUGGAAGAUACUCUAUAAGUGGGCCUUAUUAAUGUGGAACAUGCACAGAUUAAUAACUUAAUCUAUUUUCAAUAAUUGGAAUAAGUAUUUGGUAAUUAGAUAAAAUAAAUUUUAGGACUUUGUUGACUAUACUAAUUGCUGCUAAAAAUACAGUUACUAUUGUAAUUAAUAAAUUAUUGAUUGUUAAAUUAAAAAAAGCAGGUUUAAUAUUAAUACCUUAACCUUUAAAUGAAGGAUUAUUGGGUAAGAUUCUUACUAAUUAUCUUUAAAUUAUUAUGACUUUAACUACAUUUAGAUUAUCAUUUCCUAAUGAACUUAAUUAUGCAAUUAAUUCAACUGGAAAUCCAAUUAAAACUAUGGCUUAUUCUCUGGAUUGCUUUUUAAUUUAUGUCAAUUAAAUAAUAGAACUUCAUUAUUUACGAAUGUUAUGGUAAAUAUUAAUGCCUAUUAUAUAUAUAUUGUUAUUUUUGAGUGGUUAUGGGCUCUGUAUUGUUUUAAAGAAAUGUAAAUAUCAUUCUACUGUAUUAUCUACAACAUUGAUUAAUAUGUAUAUUAUUUUACAGCCUAGCUUAAUUGAAGGAUUCAUUAAAUUGAUGUCAUAUAGAACAAUUUCAGGAUUUGAAUGGAUAUCUAUAAAUGUAGCAUAUAGGUUUGAUACAGAGAAACAUUUUAAUUGGAUGAUGUACUUUUGUUUCCCAUUUUUAACUAUAAUUGCUAUAAUUAUUCCAUUAAUUUUCUUUUUAUUCUUAUUUUUUAAUAGAAAUAAUCUAGAUAGUAAUGAAAAUAGAAUGAAUUGGGGAUUUCUAUAUAAUGAAUAUAAGAAAUCUGGAUAUUUUUGGGAAAUCAUUAAAUUAAUUGAAAAAGAGAUAAUUAUUAUUAUUUUAGCAUUUUAUGAAACUAGUAUUAUAAUUAAAGCAAUUUUAAUAUAUAUCAUCAUCUAUAUCUAUUAAUAAUUGACAAUUAAAUAUAAACCUUAUGAAUCUAAUGUAUUAAAUGAAUUGGAUCAUAUAAUGACAUAAGUAUGUGGUUUUUCUAUUGUACUUGGUAUUGGAAUUUAUGUUUCUAAACAAAAUUACGAAAUAGUUUAUCCUUUAUAUAUCAUAUUGAUAUGCAUAAAUUUAUAUUUUAUGUUUUUAAUGAUCAAAACACUAUUAAAAGCAUAUUUGAUAGAAAUGGGUAAAGAUAUAGUUAUGAUUUGUUAAAAACUCAAAAAGUACAUUAAAUUUAGUUGGUUUUAAAAUUGUAGAUUUUUUGAAAAUAAAGAAGAGAAAAAGAAAAGAAUCAAAAUUAAAUUUAAUAAUGUAAAGAAGUCAAUAUUAACAAUAUCAAGAACUAUUUAAUAAGGAAAAAAGGAGACAGAACUAUCAAUAAUUGAAGAUAAAAAUCAUUAUGAGAAUAUUUAAGAAUAGAUUUAAAAGGAAAUAAAUAGUGUAAUUCAGAAAUAAUAGAUAUCUUCAUUAUCAAGAGAUCUCGAAAUGACUUUAGCAUCUCAUAAAGGUGGAAAACCUGAUAUGAAAUUAUUUAGUAAAGUCUUCCCAGAAAAAUCAUAAUGA